AUGGCUUUCCUAGCGAAGAGGUGGUAUUCUAGUGCGAUUCUGACAGAUCCCUAUAACCAUGCCAGGCCCUCAGUGGCGACUCCCUGCCCUGUUCACCAAGGAGCCGUGCUGGAGAGCCCUCAACUACAACAGCUAGCCCAGAAGGCCAGAGGGCCCUGGAAAGAGCUUACUAAAGAAGAAAUUGUUCAGUUGUACAGGGCCUCUUUCCCGGCUACUUUCAAAGAGUUGGCGGCUCCACGAAGAGAGUAUAGGAAAGUCAUCCCUGCUGUUCUUGUGGGUGUGGUUGCUGGUACCCUCUUGUCCACUUUUCUCAGUAACACAAUUGGGCCCAAGAGACCUCCCACCUUCCAAAACAAAGAGUGGGAAGCUGCUACUCGUGAGAAGCUGCUCCAACAGAAAUCCAACCCCAUCGAAGGUCUCAGCUCCGGCAAGAAUUAGUUCUCUGACUCCAUUAGUGAACCAAAUGGUCUAGUAUUGUAUGUGUAGUCUUACCAUGUAGUGUAUUGUAUGUUGCUGCUUGUGCAUUUAAUAUUUAUGUUCAAAUUAGCAUAACGGAAUCUUCAGAUGAAAAUGUUGUGUACUGUG